AUGGGACUCAAUUUAUCGUUAUCUGUUGCCACACACGACAAUUCUAUGACAGAAGAGAAAGAUGGUAUAAUUAAACAAAAUAUCAAAUUACCUGGAGAUUGUGAUAACGGCAGACUAGCGUUUGUUCUUUUAAAUGUAUUUACAAAAGAAGAAUGUCAAGCAUACAUCGAUUUAACAGAAGCAAAAGGUUACAUUCCAGCUUUGACUCACUUUGGCAGAGGAGUUAAACGCCUUGUGCCACAUUAUCGAAACAAUGAUCAUUGUAUUAUCGAUAGUGUCGAAAUAAUGAGUAUUAUAUGGCAACGUGUCAGAUCCUAUAUCCCUAAAGAAUGGAAUAAUAAUUAUCAAAUCCUUAGUUUAAAUGAAUGUUUGAGAUUUCUUCGAUACGAUGUGGGACAAAGAUUUGAAGCACAUGUCGACAGUGCUUAUCGACGUAAGAAUAGAUCACACGAAAGAAGUUUUCUAACAAUUCAAGUCUGUUUAAAUGAAGGAUUUCAGGGUGGAGCAACAACAUUUAUCGAUCCAGGUGGACCGAAUCCUAAGGCUGAUAUGUCAUAUAUACCAAAACAGGGGAUGGUCUUAGCCUUUGAACAUUGUUUACUGCAUGAAGAAAGCGCUUUGAUUAGUGGACGAAAAUAUACAAUUCCAACCGAUGUCAUGUAUAAACCAAAACAAAUGAAGAAAAAAAAUAUACGUUGA